AUGCCGGCCUCCGUCAAUCCGAACGCACCUCAACCGAACCGCAACAGUUAUGUCUCAUAUUAGUAUGUAAAUGUGUGAGAAGUUAUGGAGCCUUUGCGCUCAAGCACACCAUAUGACAACCUGCUUACACACAGGACAAAGAUAAACCUUCAUAUUUAUCAAUCAUAAACGUGAUUCAUCAGGGACGAUGAUGAGUGUGAAUAACCAUGGUACUGGUAGUUCUAAACUAGCGACGCGGAGUUGGGCAGUGAUUUUUGGGUCUUCGCUGGGGUAGAUCGCAGGGACCUUGUUACCGUAGCCACGGCAGUCGCCACUCGUAGUGGUCCCGCUGCCCGGAAACUGUCGCAAAUUCGUGUGCCACCUGGUGAGUACGACCUGAUUCUGAGAGUGGAAGGUGCGGAGGCGUUAGAGGAGGACAAGGAGGAUGCCGCGGAAACGUCGAG